AUGAAGGCCUCUCUCAUGUCCGCGGUCCUCGGCGCCGCUGCUUUCGUGGCCGCCGCCGCCUCCGACGUCAAGACCGUCGAUGUCUACACGCGCCUCAUGACCUGGAACAUCCGCCUGGCUGUCGGCGUCCCCGGCGCGGGCGAGGAGCUGUGGAGCAAGCGCCGGCCCGGGAUGCGCGCCGCGCUCAACUACGAGGUCGCCGGGCGCCCGGAGGCGCUGCUCUGCUUCCAGGAGGUCCUCAACUCGCAGCGGCUCGACCUCGCCGAGGACCUCGCGCCGCUCGGUUACAAGCACGUCGGCGUCGGCCGCGACGACGGCGGCUUCAAGGGCGAGUUCUCGCCCAUCUUCUACCGCUCCGACGCGUGGGACCUCGAGCAGAACCGCACGUACUGGCUCAGCGAGACGCCUGAUGUUCCCUCCAAGGGAUGGGACGCCGCUCUGCCCCGCAUCGUGACGGUCGCCCAGUUCCGCCACAAGAAGACGGCGGCGCCCUUCAUCUACAUGUGCACCCACUUCGACCACGUGGGCGAGCAGGCGCGCGUCGAGGCCGGCCGGCUCAUCUCCAAGAUCGCGGCCGAGUGGUCCGAGAAGUCGACCGAGGGCGGCCGCAAGACGCCCGUCUUCCUCGGCGGCGACCUCAACGUCACGCCCGACAACCAGGCCUACAAGGAGCUCAUCGCGCCGGGCAACAUGUUUGACGUCAAGCACAUCGUGCCCAAGGAGCUGCACCACGGCAACAAGAUGACCUACACGGGCUUCAACCUGCCGGCCGACAAGUUCACCGAGAUCGACCACAUCUUCGUCAAGGACCCCUCGGUGGUCAAGCUGGAGAGCUUCGCCGUCCUGCCUACGUGGUUCGACGACAAGCUGUACAUCUCUGACCACCGCCCUGUUGUCGUGGACGUUGUGUUUAAGAGCAACAAGGUCUGCAAGGCCCGCAAUUAA